UUUACCAUACGACAAAUUUGUGAAGCGUUUUGUGGAUUAACUUGUAAAAAACAGUAAAAAAGCUAUUUUCAUUGAAUAUAAAAAGUUACUGAGCUCAACUGCGAUACUGUGUGCAUAAAAUGGCACAGGUUGCUUUUUUAGAUAGCAUGCUGCGUGAGUAUCUCGUGUUCCGGGGAUAUUCAAACACUUUGAAGGCGCUGGAUGUGGAACAACGCAAUGAAAAGGAUCAACAUUUUCGGGCGGAACGCUUAAUAGACCAUUUCAAUAUGGCAAUACAAGCGUCUGAUUUACAUGCGGUGCGUAGUCUUUGGUUGCAUCUGGACAACAACCUGUUCAGCAAGCUGGAUCACACAUAUGCUGCGGCUGUGAAAAAACUGGAGAACAGUCUGCUCAAAUACUAUUUGGUGACGGCUUACAGCAACAAUAGAUCGGACAAGAUAUCGGAGUUCUUCAACAAAUUGGCUGUUGAGCUGCAGCAGCAAAGCGAGUGGAAGGAUUGGUUCUUCUUUUCUUUCUGCCGCAACGCAGAGGAGUCUCCCACAUUUGCGCUGUACUUUACCAAACAGUGGCAGGAUACUUUGCUGUUAUCGCUACGCAACUUUCUUACCACCGUUUAUCAAUGUCUGCCACAGCCGAGCUUUGUGCGCGCCGAGCAGGAGGCGGCACACAUGCAGCGGCUGCAGGACGACAAUACCCGACUGCGGGCACGUCUCCUGCAGCUUCAGCAGGAGCAACUGCAGCAGCAACAGCAGCAGGCAAGCUCUUCUAGCUCCCAGAAUCUAAGCAACGCUGAGAGCAGCACACGUCGUCGCAGCUCCUACCGACAGCAGCAGAGUUUGAGCGACAUCCUGCCCUUUGACAUCAGUCCACCAGGUCACAUAGUUGAUGACUUCUGUAUUAUUGCCUCCGAGGCGAACAGUGUGGCCCAGGCCAGCGAUGCCCAAGCACGAGGACUUAAACUACUCAUACGCAACAUUGGCUCUGGCAGUUCCCCUGUCCUGCCCCGCAAGGAUAAUGGCGACAAGUCCUCGAGCAAACGCAGAUCCGGCAGCGUAGGACGUAGUUGGAUAUAGUUAAAUAGUUAAAUUAGAUCAAAAGUAGUAGUUUGCUUUUAUUUGUAAUAUUUUUAUUUAUUUGCGCUUCCUCUUAAUCCAAUAUUGACGUACAAAAUAAAGAGCAAAUGCGUGUAAGGUAGUAUUUAAUUGCAAUAAAUAACGUAAAAUUACAAAA